AUGGCAAUGGCAAUGGCAAUGGCAAUGGCAGGGUUGCUGGGGUGGGUGAAUGGUUUCAGGUUACACGAAUUGUUGUUUGUGCCAGCUGCGCGGGGGAAAUGUAGGUUGUCUCUUGUUGCAUUGCAGGAUGGAUGGGAGAGCCUCUGGGUGUCUCUGCUAGUGUCUAGCGUUGCUGGCUAUGGUCUAUUCAGGGAUGCCCAUGCCCAUGCUGGAUUGCUAGGUGGUGUAGUUCUGUCGGUACAUGGUAUCUGCGUCUUUGCUGUCACUGGGUUUAAGGUUUAA